AAAACGCGAAAAACAAUCCAAAAAGAUAGGCGAACGAAACCCACUCGCGAUACAAAUACUCCUGAUACAAAAAAAGGAGAGAAAAUAAAGGAAAUCCACUGCUUCUCUCUCCUCUUCGCGCGCUCUCUCUCUUUCUCUUUCUCUCUCCCUCUCUCCUCCCUCUCCGGCGGAAUCGAAGCUCCCCACGCGGCGUCUCUCGAUCACCACCAGGUCAUACAUAUUACUUGUUCUAAUCUUCAUCAGCAAAUGCUGGUGCAAAUAUUCCAUCGGUGCCUUAUUUUAGCAUGAAAGCUGGACUUCCAUAAGUUUAUUUCUCAAGUACUUGGGUAAAUGUCUACUGGAGAGGUCAGAAAGGUUUCUCGAGAAGACAUACAACUGGUCCAAAAUCUUAUAGAGCGAUGUCUACAACUCUACAUGAGCCCAAAAGAAGUUGUGGAUACUCUCUUGGUUCAGGCAAAAAUAGAGCCUGGUUUUACUGAACUGGUUUGGCAAAAGCUUGAAGAAGAAAAUCGGGAAUUUUUCAAGGCAUACCAUCUUCGGUUGAUAGUGAAGGACCAAAUAACGCUAUUCAACCGGCUGCUUGAGAGACAAGUUGAGCUGAUGCAUCAUAUAUCAGCUGGAGUUGCUUCCACACCUAUUUCUAAUGGAUCUCACAUCCCACCAUUGCACCAGAACUCAGCUGGCUAUACGCUGGAUCAUACUGGACCUGGUCUGAAGUCAGAGAACAUGGGCCAGCAUAUGGGAUCAAGUUUGCCUAAUGCUUACGCUAAUGGUGGGUCAUCGUUGCACCCUUGCAUGCAAAAUGCUGUUGAUAUGUCCGCUCAUGCCAGAAGGAUUGAUGUUUCACCAAGCAUGAUGUUGGCUCAGAACUCAAAUGUGGGAAUGAUGCAAGGAAUGAAUGGGGGAAUGAUCAAAUCGGAAGCUGGUUAUGGAGGGAGUUCCCGAUACAUGUUUGGUAAUGGUGGCAAUGUCCUUGAAACGCGUCCUGUAAUUGGCGAUCCGUCUGUUUCAUCUUUUAGUAGUGUAGAGUCAAAUUCACAUCCCCUGAAUGAAUCGCUUCUGGAUGCCGACGGUACCUCAUUUGGAUUUUUGGGGCAGAUUCCUCGAAACUUCAGCCUUUCAGACUUGACUGCUGACUUCUCAAAUAGUUCAGAUAUAUUGGACUACUCCAGGUCACCCUUCCUAGCCGCAGAUACGGACAGCUUCUUGGAUCCUCAUGUCAGGGGUGAAUACCAAGGAGACAAUAAGAGGUUGGACACGAUAUCAGAAGGCUUGAGUUAUGAAGAUUUUGGCAGUGAUUGAGUUGAGUUACUCGGUGGCCCAAAUGCACCCCGUUAAUGGGAGUCCUGUAUAUAGCGUCAGAGAAGUGGAGAGGCUCCAGAAUUAAACUUGUGUAAGCUAUUGAUUGGAUUGUGCUUAGGUGUAGUUUGAUAAUGGAUGACAUUAGGUUUGCUUUUAGGAAAGAGUUCGUGAUUUGCUACAAGAACACAUUUGUGAAGUAUGACAAUGAUUUCCAGGUAUAGUUGUGGUGAAAGUGAUUGAUACUAGGAAUGGUGCAAUAUUUUGAUUAUGUUUUCCUUUUCAAACCAGAGGAUGUGUUGAUGAAUGAAGAAAUUCUGAACACCAUUUCUGGUUGUGGGUGAA